CCGUCACGUUGACUCAGGCUCUGCGUCGUCGACUUGACCAGCGGAGCUCGACCUUGAAGUCGAGCAAGACAUCGCGAUGGUCUUCCUCUGUGCCUCGGAGUCCCCAGCGAAGGGGAACGCUCCCUUCCCCUCGCGCGCGUCGCCUCGCAGGAUAACGCGCGUUAUAUCGCUUCUACUAGUCGCGGCUGCACUGUCUGCUUUCUUUCUCAUCCAGGAUGUUUCUCCAGACGUGCCUCCUCACGUCCAGGCUGCCCUCGCGCGCUGCAGAGGGCUGCAUGCGAAGCCAGGUCCGCCGCCGAACUUCCACGCGCGUGCUGUGUCCGACAGGUUCGAGGCGGGGACGCAUCCGACGCUGGUGCGAAAUGCGACUAUAUGGACGGGGGAGGGUGUGCUAGAACAGGGUGACAUUCUUCUCGCGGGAGGUGUCAUACAGGCGGUGGGUCAUUUGGGGGCAGCGACCGACCUUGGUGAGGAAUAUGCUGCGGUGGAUGUGCUGGACGCGCAUGGCGCUUGGGUGACGCCGGGCUUGGUCGACGUGCAUUCGCACGUCGGCGUCGAGUCCAACCCAGGACUGGAAGGCUCAGGCGACGGGAACUCGAUGCAUGGUACCAUCCAGCCGUGGCUACGCUCUCUUGACGGCCUCAACACGCACGAUGAUAGCUACCGUUUGGCCGUCGCUGGGGGCCUUACAACGGCCCUCGUUAUUCCUGGCUCAGCAAAUGCGAUAGGCGGACAGGGCUUCGUGGUCAAGUUCAGGCCGACGUCGGAGCGGUCGCCUUCGUCUAUGCUCCUCGAGCCGCCUUUCGGGCUAAAUGGGACUGAAGCGGACCCGGAUGUCCCGCGGCGGUGGAGGCAUAUCAAGCAUGCGUGCGGAGAAAACCCUUCCCGAGUGUACGGCCAAACGCGUAUGGAUACAUUUUGGCAAUUCCGAGAGGCAUACGAGACGGCUCGCAAGAUCAAGGUGGCACAGGACGACUACUGCCAGGCUGCCUCAACGGGGAGGUGGGACGAAAUUGAGGGCAAGGACUUCCCCGACGAUCUGAAGUGGGAGGCGUUAGUUGACGUGUUGCGAGGGAAGGCUAAGGUCAACACGCACUGCUACGAGGCGGUGGAUCUGGAUGACUUCGUCAGGCUUACAAAUGAGUUCAAAUUCCCUCUCGCGUCUUUCCACCAUGCGCACGAGACGUACCUCGUCCCAGAUGUCUUGAAGAGGGCGUACGGAGGACCUCCGGCUUCCGCGGUGUUUGCCACCUUUGCUCGCUACAAACGCGAGGCCUACCGCCACUCCGAGUUUGCGCCCAAGAUCCUGCACGACAACGGCCUUAAGGUCGUUAUGAAGACAGAUCACCCUGCCAUCGUGUCGCGCUACCUCCUUCACGAGGCGCAGCAGGCGCACUACUACGGGCUACCGGCGGACGUGGCGCUGGCGAGCGUGACGUCGACGGCGGCGGAGGUGCUGGGGAUGGACCAUCGGGUGGGAUAUGUUAAGGUGGGGUGGGAUGCGGAUAUCGUUCUCUGGGACUCGCACCCCUUGCAGCUCGGCGCAACGCCUGUUCAUGUAUUCGUCGACGGCAUCCCGCAACUCAAGGACCCGCACGUCUCGCCCAAGGCCCCCGAGCGCGCCACCGGACCACCCAGCACGCCAGACUUCACCCGCGAGGCGGAGCAAGCGGUCAAGUACGAGGGGCUGCCACCCCUGGAGCCGGUGAAGCGCCUUAGGCCUGGGCACAAGGUGGUAUUUACAAACGUGAAGGGCAUGGUGACGGAAGGUGACAUGAAGACCACUAUGAAAUCAGCGGCUCCGGGGGAGACAGCUGGCAGGGAGGUGCUUUUCUCCGUCGUUGCGGAGGCGGGGGAGGUCUUGUAUGUGGGGGCGUGUCGCGAGUAUGUCAGCGGCAACAGCAUGGAUGCGGAGGAGGUGGAAGUCGUGGACCUAGCGGGCGGCUGGAUCUCACCGGGGCUGACGACGAUCGGCUCGUCGCUGGGGCUACAAGAGAUCACUAUGGAGGCGAGCACGAAGGAUGGGGAGGUACUGGAUGUGUUGACGUCGGACGCGCCGGUGGCCGGCGAGGUAGUGCGCGCGGUGGAUGGGCUGAUGUUCGGGACGAGGAAUGCUUGGCUGGCGUACCGCUCCGGCGUCACCGACGCCAUCACCGCGCCGGAGUCGAGCACCCUCAUCGCUGGCUUCAGCGUGGCAUUCUCGACAGGCGCUGAGGGCAAGCUAGAGAAAGGUGCUAUCGUGAAGGAUGCGGUGGCGCUGCAUGUUCGGAUAAGUAUGAGCGGCUCGACUAGCGUCAGCACGCAGAUCGCAGCGCUGAGGAAGUUACUGCUGCCACCGGCGGGUAAGAGGAAUGAUUUUGCGGCGAGUGUCGUGCAGGGAACAAUGCCGCUCGUCGUACACGCAGACAACGCGGACGUUAUUGCGACGCUCAUUGCGCUGAAGCGCGAAGUCGAGCACGCGAUCCGGGCGCACUUGAAGAUGACCAUCAUCGGCGGGGCGGAGGCGCAUUUACUGGCACCCGAGCUUGCGCGUGCGAAUGUUGGCGUGAUUGUGAUCAGCCCAAGGGCGUUCCCGUAUAGCUGGGAGAAGAGGAGGAUACUGCCGGGCCCACCACUGACGAACGAUACCAACAUUAUCCGUUUGCUGGAGGCCGGCGUGACCGUAGGUAUUGGUCCGCAAGGUAUCAGCGGCGACCAGCUCGGUGAGUGGGCGGUCAGGAAUUUGCGCUUCGACACUGCUUGGGCUGCGUUGGAAAGCGGCGGUCGAAUCACUCAGACACAGGCUCUUGCAAUGGCGACAACAAAUAUACGCCAGCUUCUCGGGGUCAAAGGGAGCGGUGAUCUGGUUGCGACCAGGGGUGGAGGUAUUCUUGACUUGGAGAGCAAGGUGGUUGGUGUGCUGUCGUCUUCAAGGGGUGUGGUUGAUUUGCUUUGAGUGCAUGUCUAUAGACUCUUGCAUACGGGAAAAAUAGCUCCAUUCCAUGGAUCGAGUGACCUA